AUGACCGCCACUAGUUCCCUCAUAGGAAUGAUCUGCGCUUUGAUGUUUAUCGGUUUGAAUCCCAUAUCAGCUCAUGAAGCCCACCAAACUGACGAAAAACGUAUUCGCUGUGUCCAAGGAGGGGUCGAAAUCACAUCGUUGGAGCAGGGAUCAUACGAAAUCUGUGCUGAAGAGUACUGCACGCGUAUUGAUGACCCAAAGAACCUCACGCUCAGCUCAAUUACUAUUCCGCCUACGCCAUCGCUAAACACGCCAUUCAUCGCAGAUGACGAAAGAACUGCACUGUGGGAUUCGCGUUUGACCCCAGCGUUGAUAUGUGGCACACCGGACUCAGCUAGGAAUUUAAGUUGCGAGAUGAGGGAAGACUGUUCGUGCUUUGCAGCAGAAACGCAAGCAAAUUGCAAAUGCAAAAAGCUUGACAUUAACGCGUGGUUUGAGAAUCUGCAGCAUCGACUCCCAGUUAUAACCCCCUCAGUGUCAUUCAGACGGAAUACAGAAGGGAAGAUCCAGGCGGCUAUUACUGCAAGGACGACCUCCGAGAUUAUUCUCACCAUACGGGAUGAACUUGAAACGGAGGUAAUGGUGAGCGACGCCAUAUGUACCAUCUCUAAUACGCCCUUGACGGGAUGUUACAAGUGCGCGAAAGGAGCAGAGGCAGCUAUAACCUGCAAAUCUUCGGAGCCCACCCAAGCGGAAGUCUCAUGCGAGGAUUCGAGCUUCACCGUACCCUGUGCUGAGCAAGGAAUAACUUCUCUCGUACGAUUCACCUUUGCUAGAGCGCGUAUUGGAAUGAUCUGUUCAGUAGAAUGCGGGAACGUAAAAUCUACGUUUAAGUUGGGCGGAGUGCUCAAAUUCACGCAUUCCGCGCAGAUGAUGAUGUCAUCGUGGCUGAAAGGAGAAACCACGGAGACCAACGGGUUCCAAUGGCCAGAUCUGUUCCACAUUAUGGACGUAUUCCUACAGUGCAUGUCCGCCAGCGACCUGACCGAUGCCGAAUACCUUUCGCGUUUGAUGCUCGAACCACAUCAUGAAUGGACAGCUGUUCAGAGCGAUUUGGAUAACAUAGCCGAGCAGUUCACCCAAGAAAUACGGGUGGUCGUGAGCCACAAACGGCAGUGGCACUGGACGCGUGAGGAUGAGACGUUUCUUCUGGCCACUCCGGCAGCGAAAAUCACUAUUCUCUCCAAGCUGCUUCAUAAAAUAGAAAGCACGAAACAAGAAAUAUCGCGCUUGGGAGUACGGUCGGUCUUUACUAAAUUAUUUUACGCCAAUCUAGCUGACGCGGACAGAAGAAAUAGAAUCGGAAAAGAGAUGCAAGUGGCACUUCGCGUAAUGGAUGGCCAUACCAAACAGUUGGCGGAACUGGAAGCAGAAAUCGGAGCACAGAUGCAGCGGGCCGAAAGUGACUUCAGAACAGGGCCGUGCUCAACUAAUGCAGAACAGAUAAAUGCACUCUUUCGAAAGGCUUUUGAAACCAUAACUUCAGAAGAAAAGCAGAAAAUGAACGAGCAGUUCCUCAAACUGCAGUCACAGCUCGACGAUCAAUGUAACGAAAUAGCGCGUAUGAAGGACCAACAAGCACAAGCCGCAGCAUCGGUAUCACAACAAAAGUUCGGAAACAUCGAACCAACUGAUGAUGAAUACUUUGAUCAAAUGACGCGUGAGGUAAAUGAGACGGAAGAGAUACCUGCCCUUGCAGCAGAAGAGCCUGUCGUAGAAGAAAUGGAAGCUAACGAUUCACAGCAGCAUCGACAGCAAGGAACUCAAGAGGUUGCAAAUCCACCACGACUGCUCCAGCGCGUAGAAGAACGAGGUGAAGAAGAGAUAUCAUCGGAUAUUUCCAAAUCAGGCGACGAUAGCAGUGAAGGCGAAAUGGAAGAGUUGGAAAGACGAUGUCAUCUCCUCGAACGAAGAAUGGAUCGUAUUCAUGCAGCAUUCCUACGGUUUCCAUACAGGAAGAAAGAAUAUUUAUCACCAGGAAUACCUAAAGAUAAACGGUGCGCGUUCUGCUGGGCUAAAGGAGAACACUACUCGGAAUCAUGCCCAAACGUGGUACAUGGAGAUGAGAGAACCGAAAUGAUAGACGAAGUGGGAUUGUGUAAAAUGUGCUUAGAACUGUGUUCGAUGGAAAGGGCUUGUCCAUACACGAAUAAACAAUGCUUCUACUGCGAGCGAGUAAGAGGAACACCCUUCGAAGAGAUGUCAGACGGUCUCGACAGCCAUCAUAGCGCACUUUGCAACAUACCAAAUAGGAAAGAAGAGGCGCGAGAGAUACUCAAUAGAGCACGUCGAGACUUCAAAGAGGCGAAGAUGGAACUCGAACUCAAGCAGAAGAAACGGCAGGAACGUGACGAGCAAGGGCCAAGUAUGCCGAAUAAGCGAAGACGACAUGGGUACCCAAAGGAGGAACAGCCGAAAUCUUGGCGCCGGGGGAGUGACGACAAACGUCGUCCCUGA